AUGUCGGACGCUCAGACGAAGAAGUUUGGAAAGGGCGAGCGGACGAUCCCUCACCACAGCCAGAAGGCUCAGAAGUGGUAUCCCGUGGACGAUGAGACGGCACCCAAGAAAGUCCGCAAGACCAUCCGCCCCGCCAAGCCUCGUGAGAGCCUCCAGCCUGGUACCAUCUUGAUCCUCCUCGCUGGUCGUUUCCGUGGCAAGCGCGUUGUUCUCCUCAAGCACCUCCCCCAGGGUGUCCUCCUCGUUACCGGCCCCUUUAAGAUCAACGGUGUUCCUCUCCGACGAGUGAACGCUCGCUAUGUGAUCGCCACCAGCGGCAAGGUCGACCUCAGCGGUAUCGACGCUGCUACCCUCGAGAAGGUCGCUGCUUCCGACUACUUCACUAAGGAGAAGGCUCAGGAGAAGAAGACCGAGGAGGCUUUCUUCAAGCAGGGAGAGAAGCCCGAGAAGAAGAAGAUCACCAGCGCUCGCGCCGCCGACCAGAAGGCCAUUGACCAGUCCCUUUUGGCCACCAUCAAGAAGGAGCAUCUCCUUGCCAGCUACCUUGCCACCAGCUUCAGCCUCCGGAAAGGCGACAAGCCUCACGAGAUGAAGUGGUAA